AUGAACAUCACCAACCAUGACCACUAUUAUACGAGUACGAGUACGAGCAUCGGCGUCAACGACAUCAAAAGUGGCGUCCUCGACUCGUCACAGGUACCGUCACUCCAGAAGAAAUUGGAAUCUUUACUUCCUUACUCGAUCCCUUUGUGGGAGAGGAUAAAUUUUCACCUCUCACGCCAACUUGUUCCCGAAACAUCCAAAAUAUUUGUCGCCGUUUAUACUUCUCAAGAUGAUGAAGAAGAAGGAAAAGACACUGCUUCCGGUGCUACUGGUCCUUCCGGAUCGAUCGGUGAUGAAUGGUUACGACGAGAUACUACGACCUCGUCCGCCUCCGCCUCCUCAAAUCCAUGGUUGGCGGCUCAUGUCGAUUUGACAAAUUAUGGUCAAACCCAAGUAUGGGUUUUUGCCAGUUGGGAAUGUCCAUCACAUACUCAAACAACCACUGACCCUCCUACGCACACCAAAACCGACGACGGUCAAAACAACCCAAUCCACAAAGCAUUGAUGGAUUCCCUCUUCAAUUACAUACACGAGACACUGAUCCCGACCAUGCCAAUGACACCACCGAAAGAAUGGACCACGCUUUUGGAGACGGGAAAAACAUUGACCACCCCUUAUUCUCGAAACAAAAUCAUCUUUGGUACCGUCGGUGACGAGCUUUGGAGAUAUUUUCCCCAUCAUGCCCGAGCCAGAACGGACCCGGGUUACAUCAAGUACAUUUUUACUCCGGAAAGUCUGGAAAAUCCAGUCAUGGACGAGACGGGUGCGACACCACGACCGCCGCCACCAGAAGAAACCGAAAAGACAUCUUCUUCUCUUCUGCCCGAAAAUUACAAAUUCACCACAUUGGCUUCGACACAUUUACAGACCGUACUCGACAGAUCCACCAUCCCUCGUACACUGUCGACGCUGUCAGAGUUUGUCAAUGUGGGUGUCUUGUACACCGACACCGAAGACGACGACAAGUGCGACAACUCUGACUCUUCAGGCCCAACCCCCAUCGCCUGGGGUUUCUUGGGGAAAGACUCUAGUAUAUCAAGUUUACACACCGAGCCCGAACAUCGCGGCAAAGGUUUAGCUUUGUGUGUUGCCAGAGAAUUAUUGAUCAGGCGUCGUCGUCAGCGGCACAACCACCGACACCACCAACGACAACCCGACAGUACCACCCAGCAACCAAAAGGCCUUCCAUCACCAUACUACUGGGCACAUGCAGACGUUUCAAAAUCAAACAUGCCCAGUCGAAGAGUCAUGGAGAAACUCGGUGGGAAACCCAUGUGGAUGGUCAUGUGGACCGAAUUAGACCUGGCACAGAUCUGUCGACCGUCCACAUCCUGA